CCUGACACCAUGAUAAAGCAGGCGAUUACCAUUGGAAUGCUUUUCUUCCUGGUUAUUUCAGUAGAAGGCCGUUCCCGUAUUCAGAACGGGCUCAGCAGGACGCCGAUGAGGACCAGAAACGCACGCAUCUGCGGAAAGGUGAAUCUGACUAAAGAAGCAGAGCUCUAUGUUAAGAGAAUAGGCGGCGAAGGCCUGCAAAAAUUGAGUUUUACUGAUGGUGCUGGAACCGGGCAUGGCCUUCCAUUAACAGUGAGCGUAGGAAAGAUGCAGUACGAAAAUGGUUGCCACGACACAAACAACUUUUCGUAUCCACGGUGCAAGGACGUGUACUUGUGGUAUUUCUACUGCGGCUUAGAGACUGCUGUUAACUUCACUAUCAACGUCACGGUGGCUUAUAAACGACAGGAAAAUCGCACCUUAAGCUUUAACCUGAACAAUGCAUCAACAGCUGAGUGGAAUCCAGAAAAUCUGACUAGGGAACAAUAUGAGAAAGGACCAACUGAAGGCAAGAAUUGUAAUUUCACAGUUCCACUCAUCAUCAGCGGACAAUUUUAUUAUCAGGUUGAAAACGCACGGGGAGACAUGCCGGAAAGUAAUACUGUGGGGGUCGGCUAUCUGCAAAAUCGUACUGCAGGACUGUUAACGCACAACCACACAGCACUCACCUACAAUGUUAGUGGAGUAUACAAACAUCAAGCGGUAUGUCCAAAGUGAAUAUUAGAACGCGGAACCGAUAACUAUGAAAUUUAUUACCAGCCCUCAAGAUAUACAUAGGACCACAAUAAAGACACCUACCUUCUUCU